AUGGCCACCCACAGUCCGAGAGACUUUGUCCGCGUUAACGAUCUGCUGCUUCACGCUCGACUGGAAGACGGGACGCGCUGGCCAUCCCCUCAGGACCCGCAGCCUCAGCCCGUGCUUCUCAGCGUAUCCCUGGUUCAUGAUACCAGGAGGGCGGCAGAAGUCGACUGUGUAAAGGACAACAUAGACUAUGACGCCCUGUCGACCCUGCUACUGUCCAAGUACAGCCAGAGCAUCGCCAUACUGCCGUCCCUUGAAGCUCUAAUCGACAGAAUUGCGGAGACAUGCUUCGAAGCGACGCCAGCGGAAGAACUACAUAUCGUGGCGAAGAAGACAAAGGGUGCCGUAGAUUCGGCUGUCGGCAUCGAAUCCUUGCGAUUCAAGGACGGUCGUUCCUUGUCAGAGGACAGGUAUUUCAUUGAAGGCCUGCAGUGCUCAACCAUCAUCGGGCCGCAACCAUUGGAAAGGAAGGCCACCCUCGGUCUUGAAGCCACUCAAUUUCCGGGAAUUGGCGCAUUCCAUACGCAAUGCAUCGAUUCGGUGACUGUCCGGGCGCAAAAGCCUAAUGCGUUGAUCCAUGCUGAAGCUCCAGAGAUCGAGAUUAGCCAGUCGUUGGCCGACUACCGGCAGGAGAGCGAAUCUAGCGUCAUCGACGCGGAAACGAAAUCAUUGCUCUCACCUUACAGUCCACACGCCACGCUAUCGGGACUGUUGCGACAGGUAGCGCCUGAGCUAUACACUAGAAGCCAAGUUACGCACACUGUUGCUCUCGGAUUAGGUUCCAAUCUCGGAGAGCGAUUUGCCAACAUCGAGUUGGCUUUGCGACUACUGGAGACGCCAGACGUUCUCGAUCCCCAAACCAUCCCGAACCUAGUCGAUAAUCCGCAGAUAUCAAUCACCGACACCAGCUUCAUGUAUGAGACGGCACCCAUGUAUGUCGCGGAUCGACCCAAGUUUAUCAACUGCGCAAGUCUGAUCGAAACCAAUCUCGAGCCUGAAAGCCUUCUCGCGGUGCUUAAGAAGAUCGAACAAGCUGUUGGCCGUGUCCCGUCGACACUGAACGGACCCAAAGCUGUUGACUUAGACAUCCUGACGUACGAUUCGGGAGUUAUCGACACUAAACCCGCCCAAGCGAAGGGUGAUCUGAGCAAUCUCGAAGGUCAUUUCAUUCUCCACCCUCGCAUCGCGGAACGGGAAUUUGUCCUGCGACCGCUUGCAGAUAUGAUACCAGACUAUAAAUUGCCGACGUCCACCAAAUCGAUCGCACGGUUGCUCAAGGAGCUGGAAGCCUCCAGUCGUGAGGAUGCUGCUCACAUGUAUAAAGUUAUACCAUUCCCCAGGUACGCGGGCUCCGACACCGAACCGCCCACUUCCUCGUCUUCAGAUGGAGUGAAGCUACCGGCGGUCCCGGCCACGGAGAGGUCUUGGAAGUACCCGUCCACGUAUAGUCCAGGCUCCAAAUUGGGUCGCAGCAAGACUUACAUUAUGGCGAUAUUAAAUGCGACUCCUGAUUCAUUCUCUGACGGAGACACGCAUAAUACGCCCGAGGCCGCAUUGAAGUAUGCAAUGUCGUCCGUUCAAGCUGGAAUGGAUAUCUUGGAUAUAAAGGGAUACUCUGCUAAGCCCAACGCUCCCUUCGUCUCCCCACAAGAGGAGAUUGACCGCGUUCUUCCUGCAAUACGCGCCGUGCGGUCUGUGAACGCAGGAGCGGCAGAUGGAAAUGCCGAUGACUUCGAGAACCUUCGGAACGCACUGGUCAGCAUUGACACCUUCCGCCCCGAUGUUGCAGAGGUCGCUAUUCGUGCAGGUGCUAACUGCAUAAACGACGUUUACGCUUUCGUCGGUCAAGAAUACCCCGUGAAAGAAUCAUCGGCAGAGCAUUUCCUGAGAAUGCGAAAACUUGCGAGGAACUUAGCGGUACCGGUGGUUCUUGUGCAUUCCGCAGGCGAUUCGGGGAACAAGAAGGACUACUCCGACUACGACUACGCGCAUGAUCACAAGGUACUCGAAGGAAUUCGGGUCGAAUUGGGCGAGAAGGUAGAGGCGGCUGUGAGAGGCAAGGGUGGGCUGCGCCGCUGGAUGGUCAUAGUGGACCCUGGAGUUGCGUUCAGCAAAAGUUGGGAAGAAGAUCUGGCGAUCCUGAGGAAUUAUGCCAACAUCGUCUCCGAGUAUCGUGGUCGACGGGAGCGGAACCCCCUCGCUGGCUAUCCACUAUUGAUAGGAACGUCCAGGAAAGGGGUCCUAGGACAUGUGCUGGAGCAACCGGACCGAGAUGGAGCGCACCCCGGACGACAAACCACCCCUGGGGAAAGAGAUUGGGCCACGGCAGCGGCAGUGAGCAGUGCUGUGCUGCAGGGAGCAAUCGCGGUGAGAGCGCAUAACGUGCAGGGAAUAGCGGAAGUAUUCCGGGUUGCGGAUGCGCUCUGGAAGUGA